GGGCUGGAGCUGUGACCACUGCGCUGGAGAGAAGACAGAGAAACAGGACCGAGGACCCAGGCUGCAGUCAACCGAGAGAAGAACUAACUCUCUCCUGCCAGGGUAGCCAGCUGUGGAAACAGCUGUAGAGCAGAGAAAAGGGGACCACCCUAUUCUUCUGCUCCAUUUCCCACCCCUGGUGUGGGAUUUGGGGGGCCUCUGGGGCAGACCUCUGGCCAACUUCCCUUCUGGGCAGAACCUGAAAUUCAGGAGGUGAGACCACUGCCCACCCCCACCUCCUCGGGCCAGAGCCCCGGUGACCUGGUCAGGGGGUCCAGCUCCGUGGAGAUGCCAGCAGCUCGUCGGUUCCCUGGCCUAGAGCUCUCCUUCCCUCUUCUGGCCAGACUCCGGCGGAGACUCUACACAAGGCUGGGGAGCAGCAGCAUGCAGCCGGAGGAGGGCACAGGCUGGCUGCUGGAGCUGCUGUCCGAGGUGCAGCUGCAGCAAUAUUUCCUGCGGCUCCGCGACGACCUCAACGUUACCCGCCUGUCCCACUUUGAGUAUGUCAAGAAUGAGGACCUGGAGAAGAUUGGCAUGGGCCGGCCUGGCCAGCGGCGGCUGUGGGAGGCUGUGAAGAGGAGGAAGGCCGUGUGCAAACGCAAGUCCUGGAUGAGCAAGGUGUUCAGUGGAAAGCGGCUGGAGGCUGAGUUCCCCCCUCAUCACUCUCAGAGCACCUUCCGGAAGACCUCACCCACCCCCGGAGGCCCAGCAGUGGAGGGGUCCCUGCAGAGCCUCACCUGCCUCAUUGGGGAGAAGGACCUGCAUCUCUUUGAGAAGCUGGGAGAUGGCUCCUUUGGCGUGGUGCGCAGGGGCGAGUGGGACGCCCCCUCAGGGAAGACGGUGAGUGUGGCUGUGAAGUGCCUGAAGCCUGAUGUGCUGAGCCAGCCAGAGGCCAUGGACGACUUCAUCCGGGAGGUCAAUGCCAUGCACUCGCUUGACCACCGAAACCUCAUUCGCCUCUACGGUGUGGUGCUCACGCCGCCCAUGAAGAUGGUGACAGAGCUGGCACCUCUGGGAUCGUUGUUGGACAGGCUGCGCAAGCACCAGGGCCACUUCCUCCUGGGUACCCUGAGCCGCUACGCUGUGCAGGUGGCUGAGGGCAUGGGCUACCUGGAGUCCAAGCGCUUUAUUCACCGUGACCUGGCUGCCCGCAAUCUGCUGUUGGCCACCCGUGACCUGGUCAAGAUCGGAGACUUCGGGCUGAUGCGAGCACUACCCCAGAAUGACGACCACUACGUCAUGCAGGAGCAUCGCAAGGUGCCCUUUGCCUGGUGUGCCCCUGAGAGCCUGAAGACUCGCACCUUCUCCCAUGCCAGCGACACCUGGAUGUUUGGGGUCACUCUGUGGGAGAUGUUCACCUAUGGCCAGGAGCCCUGGAUUGGCCUCAAUGGCAGUCAGAUCCUGCAUAAGAUUGACAAGGAGGGGGAGCGUCUGCCCCGGCCCGAGGACUGCCCCCAGGACAUCUACAAUGUCAUGGUUCAGUGCUGGGCUCACAAGCCAGAGGACAGACCCACCUUUGUGGCCCUGAGGGACUUCCUGCUGGAGGCCCAGCCCACUGACAUGCGGGCCCUUCAGGACUUUGAGGAACCAGACAAGCUGCACAUCCAGAUGAACGAUGUCAUCACCGUCAUUGAGGGGAGGGCUGAGAAUUACUGGUGGCGCGGGCAGAACACUCGGACGCUGUGCGUGGGGCCCUUCCCUCGCAACGUGGUGACCUCUGUGGCCGGCCUGUCGGCCCAGGACAUCAGCCAGCCCCUGCAGAACAGCUUCAUUCACACAGGGCAUGGUGACAGCGACCCCCGGCACUGCUGGGGCUUCCCUGACAGGAUCGAUGAACUGUAUCUGGGAAACCCCAUGGACCCUCCCGACCUGCUGAGUGUGGAACUGAGCACCUCCAGACCCACCCAGCAUCUGGGCAGGGUGAAAAAACCAACCUACGACCCUGUGAGUGAGGACCAAGACCCCCUGUCCAGCGACUUCAAGAGGCUGGGCCUGCGGAAGCCAGGACUGCCCCGUGGGCUGUGGCUCGCGAAGCCCUCGGCCCGGGUGCCGGGCACCAAAGCGGGCCGCGGGAGCAGUGAGAUCACGCUCAUCGACUUCGGUGAGGAGCCCGUGGUCCCGGCCCCGCGGCCCUGUGCACCCUCACUGGCGCAGCUGGCCAUGGAUGCCUGCUCCUUGCUGGACAAGACCCCGCCGCAGAGCCCCUCGCGGGCGCUGCCCCGGCCCCUGCAUCCCACGCCGGUGGUGGACUGGGAUGCGCGCCCGCUGCCCCCGCCUCCUGCCUACGAUGACGUGGCCCAGGAUGAGGAUGACUUUGAGGUCUGCUCCAUCAACAGCACCCUAGUGAGUGCAGAGGUCUCUGCUGGGCCCAGCCAGGGCGAGACCAAUUACGCCUUUGUGCCUGAGCCGGCGCGGCUCUUCCCUCCCCUGGAGGACAACCUGUUCCUCCCGCCUCAGGGUGGGGGCAAGCCGCCCAACUCAGCGCAGACCGCAGAGAUCUUCCAGGCGCUGCAGCAGGAGUGCAUGCGGCAGCUACAGGUCCCGGCUGGCUCUCUGGUCCCCUCGCCCAGCCCGGUGGGCGACGACAAGCCCCAGGUGCCCCCCCGUGUGCCCAUCCCCCCGAGGCCCACGCGCCCACGUGGGGAGCUGUCUCCAGCCCCCUCGGGCGAGGAGGAGAUGGGGCGGUGGCCUGGACCUGCCUCCCCUCCCCGGGUACCACCCCGGGAGCCCCUGUCCCCACAAGGCUCCAGGACCCCCAGCCCCUUGGUGCCACGCGGCAGCUCCCCGCUGCCACCCCGGCUCUCCAGCUCACCUGGGAAGACCAUGCCCACCACCCAGAGCUUCGCCUCAGACCCCAAGUAUGCCACACCCCAGGUGAUCCAGGCACCUGGCCCCCGGGCUGGUCCCUGCAUCUUACCCAUUGUCCGCGAUGGCAAGAAGGUCAGCAACACCCACUACUACCUGCUGCCUGAGCGCCCACCCUACCUGGAGCGCUACCAGCGCUUCCUGCGUGAGACCCGGAGCCCCGAAGAGCCGGCCCCCAUGCCUGUGCCCCUGCUGCUGCCCCCUCCCGGCAUCCCAGCUCCUGCUGCCCCCACUGCCACCGUUCGACCAAUGCCUCAGGCUGCCCCAGACCCCAAGGCUGACUUCUCCACCAACACCAGUAACUCAGGGGCCCAGCCGCCAGCCCUGAGGGCCACUGCUCGGGUGCCACAGAGGGGCUGCCCCGGGGACGGGCCAGAGGCUGGACGGCCAGCAGACAAGAUCCAGAUGCUGCAGGCCAUGGUGCAUGGGGUGACCACAGAGGAGUGCCAGGCGGCCCUGCAGAGCCACAGCUGGAGCGUGCAGAGGGCUGCCCAGUAUCUGAAGGUGGAGCAGCUCUUUGGUUUGGGUCUGCGGCCGCGAGGCGAGUGCCACAAAGUGCUGGAGAUGUUCGACUGGAACUUGGAGCAGGCUGGCUGCCACCUGCUGGGCUCCUGCGGCCCAGCCCACCACAAGCGCUGAGAUGUCUGGAGACCCAGAGGAUCUGCCCUGAAGGAAUCAUUUGAGCCUGUCCAUCUGACGAGGGUGGGGAGAUGCCCUGCCAGGCCUGGAGGACCUGCUGCACCUGCUGCUCCCAGUGGCAGAGCGAGGCCAAGGCAGCAGGAGGCUGGGAGCCCCGCCUUGCCUGUCCCUCCCUCACCCAGCGCUGUCCCUGCAACUUCGGAGCUCUCAGUACACCCAGCCGAGGUGCAGGAGGGAGCCUCUUGAAGGCAGGCCUGGGGGCGGCCUCAGCAGGCCCUGUGGCUGACCUGCCUCUGGCUUCAGUCCCUGGUGGGGCCUGUAGCUGAAAUGUGUUGCCAGGCCCUGCCGGUGGGGAAGCCAGGCUUGACCCCGGGCAGGGAGGAUGUGUUGGCCGUGCAGAAAGGUGGAACAGCACCCAGGGCGUGGGGCGGGGGCCCUCCCCAGGGAGCCCCUGGCGGCAGUUGGGGUGUCGGACAGAAUGUGACUUGUGGCCUCACCAUGGACAUGUUAAGGGACUUGGCUGGUGUUAGGAUCUUGUGCCUGGAAAUAGCCUGAGGUGGCUCAGGCAGCAGAGCUAGGGUGCCAGAUCGUUCUCUGGCAGGGACCAGGGCCCAAGGCCCCAGGGUUGGAAGGAGACCAAGGGGGCAGCUGCCCUGGAGGGACACCAGUGCUUCCUCUUUGACCCAGCUCUUCCCCUGUGCUGUUCUUUGUUUUCCCACCAGCCUCUUGCCAAAGUUGCUGCCCCGGCUAUGAAUAUCUGCUUCUUCCAGAGAAAUAAAGUUGGUUUCUAUUUUAUGUUA